UCCCACCCCACAGCGCUUCCUGCUGGCGUGCUGGCGAUGGCGGCGGCCGGAGACCCCGGUGGUACGGACAGCUACCGCUCUCCGCUGGCGUCCCGGUACGCCAGCCCCGAAAUGUGCUUCCUGUUCAGCGACAGGUGCAAGUUCCGCACGUGGCGGCAGCUGUGGCUGUGGCUGGCGGAGGCCGAGCAGACACUUGGUUUGCCUAUCACAGAUGAACAAAUCCAGGAGAUGAAGUCAAACCUGGACAACAUUGACUUCCAGAUGGCUGCUGAGGAAGAGAAACAGCUGCGUCACGAUGUGAUGGCUCACGUGCACACGUUUGGCCGCUGCUGUCCGAAAGCAGCAGGCAUCAUUCAUCUGGGUGCCACCUCCUGCUAUGUCGGAGACAAUACAGACCUGAUUAUUCUUAGAAAGGCAUGUGACCUGCUUUUGCCAAAGCUUGCUAGAGUGAUCUCGAGGCUUGCUGACUUUGCUAAGGAACGCGCUGAUCUACCUACCUUAGGUUUCACACAUUUUCAGCCUGCUCAACUGACCACAGUUGGGAAGCGCUGCUGCCUUUGGAUUCAAGAUCUUUGCAUGGAUCUCCAGAGCUUAAAGCGAGUCCGUGAUGAGCUACGUUUUCGGGGAGUGAAGGGAACCACUGGUACUCAGGCCAGCUUCCUGCAGCUCUUCGAGGGAGAUCACCAAAAGGUGGAGCAGCUGGACCAGAUGGUGACCAAAAAGGCAGGAUUUGAGAGGGCUUUCAUCAUCACAGGACAGACCUAUACACGGAAAGUAGACAUUGCGGUGCUAUCUGUGCUGGCUAGCUUAGGCGCAUCAGUGCACAAGAUUUGCACUGACAUACGCCUCUUGGCAAACCUGAAGGAGAUGGAGGAACCCUUUGAAAAACAGCAGAUUGGCUCGAGCGCGAUGCCAUACAAGCGAAACCCCAUGCGCUCAGAACGUUGCUGUAGCCUGGCCCGACACCUGAUGGCCCUUGUCAUGGACCCACUACAGACUGCUUCUGUGCAGUGGUUUGAGCGCACAUUGGAUGAUAGUGCCAACCGACGGAUCUGUCUGGCUGAAGCAUUUCUCACUGCAGAUACUAUAUUAAAUACAUUGCAGAACAUUUCUGAAGGAUUGGUGGUGUACCCCAAAGUGAUUGAACGGCGCAUUCGACAGGAACUUCCUUUCAUGGCCACAGAAAACAUCAUCAUGGCAAUGGUUAAAGCUGGGGGCAACCGGCAGGACUGUCACGAGAAGAUCAGAGUACUCUCCCAGCAGGCAGCUGCCGUGGUGAAGCAGGAAGGGGGUGAGAACGACCUCAUGGAGCGCAUCCACGCAGAUGCUUACUUCAGCCCCAUCCACUUGCAACUGGGAGAUUUGCUGGACCCUUCUUCCUUCAUCGGCCGAGCACCCCAGCAGGUCCACAGAUUCUUAGACGAGGAGGUAUAUCCCCUGUUAAAGCCGUUUGAACAUGUGAUGGAGGAGAAAGCGGAGUUAUGUCUGUAGAGUUGGAAGAGAAUCAUCACUGGGAAAUGAGCAUGUUCCCACAGUGCCUCUGUUACCUCCAGAAUUGCUACAUUAAAUCCUGUUGUCGAGUGGACA